CAGACAGCAGAGCUCGUGGAAGAGCAAAGAUGCCAACCCCGAACAUCUCCACCUCUGCAGCCAAAGGUUUCCGCAGGGCGGUGUCGGAGCUGGACUCCAAGCAAGCCGAGGCCAUCAUGUCUCCACGGUUCAUUGGAAGACGUCAAAGCCUCAUUGAAGAUGCCAGGAAGGAAAGAGAGGCUGCAGCUGCAGCUGCAGCCACUGAUGCUGCAGAGUCUACAGAGACCAUUGUAUUCGAGGAGAAGGAUGGGAGAGCCAUGCUGAACCUCUUCUUCAUGCUCAAGGGAGCCAAGACUUCACCGCUGUCCCGUGUCCUUAAGGUAUUUGAGACAUUUGAAGCUAAAAUUCACCACCUGGAGACCAGGCUUAGCCGAAAGCCCCGUGAAGGGACCGCUGAGCUGGAAUACUUUGUGCGCUGUGAAGUCCACAGCUCUGACCUCAACACUUUCAUUAGCUCCAUCAAGAGGGUAGCAGAAGAUGUGAGGACCACUAAGGAAGACAAAUUUCACUGGUUUCCCAGAAAAAUCUGUGAAUUGGACAAGUGCCACCAUUUGGUCACCAAGUUUGACCCUGACUUGGAUCUGGAUCACCCGGGCUACUCUGACCAAGUAUACCGCCAGAGAAGGAAAUCAAUAGCAGAGAUUGCUUUUCACUAUAAGCAUGGGGACCCGAUCCCUCAUGUGGAGUACACAGCGGAGGAGACAGCUACCUGGAAGGAGGUAUACAGCACCCUGAAGAGCUUGUACCCCACCCAUGCCUGCAAGGAGUACCUUGAAGCUUUCAGUCUACUGGAGAAAUUCUGUGGCUACAAUGAGAACAACAUCCCUCAGCUGGAAGAGGUUUCCCGUUUCCUGAAAGAGAGGACCGGCUUCCAGCUCCGGCCGGUGGCCGGCCUGCUGUCGGCACGGGAUUUCCUGGCCAGCCUGGCCUUCCGCGUCUUCCAGUGCACGCAGUACAUCCGCCACGCGUCCUCACCCAUGCACUCCCCCGAGCCGGAUUGCUGUCAUGAGCUGCUGGGGCACGUCCCGAUGCUGGCUGAUAAGACAUUUGCCCAGUUCUCUCAGGACAUUGGGCUGGCAUCUCUGGGAGCAACUGAUGAAGAAAUUGAGAAACUAGCAACGCUUUACUGGUUUACAGUGGAGUUUGGGCUCUGCAGACAGAAUGGAAUAGUCAAAGCCUAUGGAGCCGGGCUCCUCUCUUCCUAUGGGGAGCUCAUACACUCCUUGUCAGACGAACCAGAGGUGCGGGACUUUGACCCUGAUGCUGCAGCUGUUCAGCCCUACCAGGACCAGAACUACCAGCCUGUUUAUUUUGUGUCUGAGAGCUUCAGUGAUGCCAAAAAUAAAUUGAGGAGCUACGCAGCGCACAUCAAGCGGCCCUUCUCGGUGAAAUACGAGCCCUACACCCACAGCAUCGAGCUCCUGGACAGCCCUCAGAUGAUCUGUCACUCCCUGGAGAGCGUAAGGGAUGAGCUUCACUCGCUGAUUAACGCGCUCAAUGUUAUCAGUUAAUACAAGAACUGAGCCAUUUCCGUCCCCUCUUCCCUCCCAGCCCCCGACGUGCCCGCUCUGCCCUCACCUCGCUCCCAGGUAAUUCCUACCUGUCUUCUCCAAACAUUGGCACUGCUGCCUGUCACCACGCGACCCCAACAGCUUUCCACUUUUGUACGUAGGGCCAGCUCGGAGGAGGGCAGCGGGAUGCACCCAAGGCCUGGUGGUUCUUUUGGUAGCUUUUCUACUGGCUGCUGGAAGAGGCUUAGCAGAGACAAAAAGCAUGGCCAAGCUAAAAAGUUAAGUCAAGAGCUGUGUGCUAGGUUCCUGGGUGCAAGGAAGAGGAGAAAAUCUACUUUAUUUAAAAAGAAAAAAAAAGACAAGAUAAUUUUUUUAAAUUGCAAUUUGAGAGAAAAAUUUAAUCUGUUUGGUUUUUUUAAUCCCCAAAGCAACUCUUAUAGCAACUUCAUGAGUCUUGUUCUUAGUUAUUCUAACAUCAGUAUCACCUGAUAUAGCUCAGGUGUGUGAAUAAUGCUAUUGCUGGCCACUUCUGAGGAAGGUAAACAUCUAGUUUGGAUGCUCAAACCCAGUUUCAUGCAGUUUUCAGUGCAGAUAUUAAUGUUUUGAUCUGACCCAAAGCUCUCAGUUUUCCUCCCCCUGCUUUUGCCCUUCUUAUCUUCUUGCAGGCUGUCUCAUAACUUAGCGGUUUGCUCAGAAGUUUGGCCCAAGGUUAUGCAGCUGUGCAGUAUCAGAGCUGGGCUUGGGAUGUGUGGAGGCUGCUAAACAGCUGUGGGGGACAGCGAAGGGGAGAAUUACACAGAGUUGUUUGCAUGAUCACUUAUAAGAUUCCUGUGUCGACUUUUGCCAUCCUUAUCCACAGUGUAUGAUUUUCAUAAUUUCCUCUUUAAAGAACUGCAAGACUUGGCAGUGAAGCUUUGGCUAUUAACACGGCUAACAUUGUUCUCCAGUGUUACUUCUACUGUGGCUCAGUCAUAAUAGUUUACGAUCCAUUACUCUUUAUCCCAUUUCAGACCUCCACAUAUAUAUGCUUAACCCCCAGUUCUCUCAAAUUUUAACUCCUUAGCUACUGACAGCACUUAGUCUCCAGCCUGCUUCAAUCUCUCCUUUCUGUUUCUUUUCUUAUUUGACCCUUCCUCCUAAAUUCCUCCUAAAUUGCUUAAAAGGCCAUUACUGAAAUCAGCAGUUUGACACCAGGGCUAGCUGCUUUUCCUCAAGUUGUUCCUUCUCGUCGGAUUUUCCUGUAAACUGAUAAAACUACUGAGUUCAUUCAGUUAUUGUCAUUUUAGAGAACUUUUUCCAAAGCUGCAGCUAUGAUUUCCCAAUCUGGGUGGAUCCAGAUCAUGAGCUGUAAUUCUCAAGGCUCCCUUAAGAGCUGUAACAAUUUUUCAUUUGGGUUCUUCAGAUAUUACUACUAGAUUAAAUAGCUGGAGCAAACUAUGCAAGACUAAGGCAGGCUAGGCCAUAGUUUAGCUAUCUAGCCAUGAAAAUCUUACUGGUGACUUCAGUAAAAUAGACUAAAACAAACAAACAAAAAAAGAAAACAAGCAGACAAGAUGUAACAAUAAGUCUGUAUAGUUAAUGCAUGGGUUAUGACCUUGUUAACAAGAGCAGUGCCAGUUUACUGGUCUGCAGGUUGCUGUGUCUCCUCUCCUUUGGUAGUGUGCAGCUCCUGGGUUGCUGCCCAUGAGAGUAGCAAGGAUGCUCCAAACCCUGCAGCAACGCCAGGCUCCUGAUCAGGACCAGGCAGGAAAUCUCUGUGGAGGCAUUCGCUUUCUGGUCUGACCUCCAGAACUGCUCCAGAACUGUAAAGGUCUGAAGGUGGUCAUCUCUAGGUCUCCAAAGCACUUCACAGUCAUUAUCUGCCUUCUUAAAUAUCUACAAUUAAUGCAAUUCGUAAAAAGACCAAAUUCAUUAAUAUGGAAUGAAAAGCCAACUUAGAAAUCCUUGCAACUGCAGGAGACCUCAAAUCCUCUGCCUUGCCUUGGAGUUUGCAUUGCUUCUCCCUGACUCUGUCAUCCACUGCAUUUUGGAGGAGCUGUAGUAAAAUCUGCUGUCCUGCAAAAAUAGAAAAUAAGCAAAACUUGCAGCAUAACCCAGCACCAUUAGUAUGCAAGCACACAAACAGCUGUGCUGCAGCCAGGGGGAAGGUGAGCACCAGGAGGGCUGCACCUCCUUGCUUUUGGGACAUGAGGCUGAGCUGGGGGGUCUGAGUGCGGGGGCUCGGGCUGCACAGGCGCCAGAGGUCCCUCUUUGGGCCAUUUUCAGUGUCUGUGUUCUUGACAAAUCCGUGACAGAUUCCAGAAUUUUUUGGCCCCUUAGGGGGGCAUCUGAGACACAUGAACCCAUUUGUAUUUACUAUUGCCCUCACCUAUUUAAUAUCUUAGAGGAUUUAUCCUAUUAGUAACUUAUUAGACCCCCUUUCAUUUUGUCUCUAAGGCUUGUUCCUUUGUAUCUGUUUUCAAAUACAUUACCUGGCUCCUUAUUUCAUAAGCCAUAUAUGAAUUGGAUCCUUGCUUUCUCCUUUUACCCAUUUUUCUCAUGUUGCACCUUCUACCAGAGCAUUGUUGCCUUCUUUAUCUUGCCAUAAUAUUUUAGGGCCUUAGACAUAGGGCUACAAAGGGACAGGCUAUCCAAACAAAAUACGGUAGAGUUGUAAACCAAUCCCUAAUCUAUCAGUGCUUUUAAAGCUGCUGAUAGCAAGGUUUCAGACCAUUAUUUUGGAUAUUGUCCUAGAAUUUUCUAUUAUUAAUAAUCCAAUUCCUUUCCUUCUACCAGUCUGGGUGAUUGCAGGUGGUAGGGUAUAUACAGUCCUUGCUCAAUCCCCUAUUAUGCUAGCUAUUAAGACUUGAAUUCUUCACUUACAACCACCCCCUUCCCACCCCUCCCCCCUGUUCAUCUUACCCUGUUUCAGGUGCUGUUCCACACCUAUGAACAACUGUCUCUAACAGCACUGUUACAGUUCCAGCAGUUGUAUUCCUUUCAUGUGGAAGAACCUCAGCCUGUCCAGGAAAGGCAUUCAUUGUGGCAAAGAGAUACUGAUACCUCUCUUUAGUUUGUGACAGUUUAUCGGGGUGAUCCCUUUGCAGUGUUUGUCACAGUCCUUGGUUUAGCCAAUGCAGUAGAGUUGGCAGCUUUCUUUUACUAAUCCACAUUUGCACACCUUAGGCAGUUUUUAUUUAUGUCCUCUGUUUCUUGCUUCAUUUGAGGCCAAAUAUUAACUCUUUGCACUCUCUUCAGAGUACCCUACACUUCUUUAUGUAGUUCAUUAUGACAGUGUAAGAUAACUUGCUCUUAUUCCACUGGCCACAGUAUCCAUCCCAUUUUCUAUUUUUAGCUGACACCUGGUUGGGGCUGCAGUAAACAAAGUCUGAGUUAAUUUAUCUACUUGCUCAAUAAAUUAUUUCUCAGUAUUGCUUGCAGUCUUCACAUUACUUCAGCAUCCUUUACAUAUAUUUUAUUCCCACUCUCCCUCUAAGCUUGUAAAAUAGAACUCCUGAUUUCUUCAUAGGUGUCCCAUUUUGUGCUUGCCAUUGCCUUUCUCCCCAUCAUGCAUCCUAUAUUUUGUUCUAUUACCAGACAGUAGCUAUCUGUAGAGAUGUUGUGUAGAGGGGUUUGUCUUCUACUGACAGCCUGUAAGCCCCUUGCCAUGAUCCUUUCUCUAGUUUGCCCGUUAUUUGUUCCCUCAUUCCACUGAUAGGAGUGUGUUGGGUUGUUCUUCCUCUUUGUUCAAAUGUAGCACUUCCAGGAGUGUGCAGUGCCUUUGGUUCAUUCCUGGUUUCCAAUAAAAGGAUAUCCCCAUUAAUCUCCAUUUCUUCUCUUUGUGAGUAAGAGCAGAGGGGUACAACUGGGGUACAACUGCACUAUUGAGGGGAAAAGCCUUGAACUCCAUCACAGCCCAGACUGUCUCUAACCAGGUUUUCUCAUGGCCGGGGAAAUUCUGUCCAGCCACUGGAGAGGACUCACAUGCUACUGGUAUCCAUUUUCCUCCCCUAUUUCUCUGUAGCAGCGCUGCUCCCACAGUAUCAGCUCACUUGAAAUUCUUGUUAUGAAUAAUUUUCCUUUAACUGGAAGUUUUAGUGCAGAAGCUUUUCAAGCAGCUUCUUUCAUGUCAGAUAAAGCACUGCCUCGAUCUUUGCUCCAGCUCCCUCCCUGAUUCUUUUCCUGUCAUUUCCAUGACGCUCUGCUGCUAUUAGCAAAGAUGGAUACACUGCCAUAAGAUACUAACACAGCUAUAGAUAUGCUGCCAUAAGAAAUUAAAUUCUCUCAGCACUCUUCAGAGUUGGGAUUGAUUAGUGGGAGUCUUUAUUUCACAGAAAGCUUAACUUUUCUAGCAUUUAUCCAUCGUCUUGUUUCACCAGUUUCAGAGUCUGGGCAUUUAACUUGAGGUUGUUUUAACUGUGCCAUAUUCAAGUUGACAUUAAAUCCCAUUUGGUCUAUUAAUUUUAAAACUCAGAUACAUCUCUCUUGUACCUCUUCUUCUGUAGCUGCUGUUCCCCAAAUAUCAUCACAUAAGGCAAUCUCUUUUCUUUGUCCCUCACACACAUCACUCAAACACUUUGCUCACACAAGCAUGUGCAGCAGGGCAGGUGCUCGGCCCUGUGGGAUACAGCUAAAGGUAUAUUGUUUUUCUCCUAAUGUGAAAGCAGCUCUGUCAAUUGCUUCUUCCCCUGCAUUCUGCCAUAUGGAAGCUUAGUGUGAAUCGUGGGGGUGCAUUUGUGCCACCAUCUCUCCUAUUUCAUCCGCUGUCCAAGGAGCCUGACUCAGACUCAGGGCUGCCAGGGACCACAGAGAUACCUGUGCUCCACUGGGAGUGGGUGGCUGGUACAUGGUAUCAUGUCCUGCUGCUCAUGUCCAUGACAUUCAAGCAGCUGCCUAUCAGUUUAUUAAAGACUCUCCAUCUCCCUCGAGCCUAUGGACUGGUAGUGACUGUGCCAAUUGGAUCCUUGUUUUACCACCCUGCUGGGCAAUUUGAUUAAAUGCCUAUGGUGGCAAGAUUAAAGGUUUAUCAAGGAGGUGCCCAACGUACAAUGGAUAAGAGCUGGUGGAGCACACACUCUAAUCAAUUUACCGCUUAAUCCCCAUUUAAUUCUAAAUAUAAGCAGUUUCUCUACUGUUGUGCUGCCUUUCAGUGGCUUCUUAUCUGCAGCUACCUGCCUUGGGGUCAUUUUUUUUCAUUUUAACAGCUACAGCAGUUUGAUCUGCCAUACCCAUCUACUCCGGGACAGCAUUUGGAGUCUUUGUGGGAUAGGCUGUUAUUCUCAACUUCUCUUUCUUUUCCCAUUUGCCCAUAUCAUCCUUGAAAUCUUCCUGUGAUGGCUCCUGAUCCAGUUCUCUACACCACUUUCUGGAACUCCAGCAGUUAUUUUUAAUUUUUGCAUCCCAGUCUGCUUUUGCAAGUGUCUAAUUUUAGCUUUGCAUUUACUAUGAUCAGGUCCCUUUUGAGCUCUCCCUUGCUCCAGGGCGAAUCACUGCACUAUAUAUGUUAAUCACUCUCCUUACUUCUGUAGUUUUUCCUUCUCUUUUUCUAAAUUCAUCUGAUUCUCUAAUUACCAUUGCACAUCCUUAUUGCCUUUUUGGGCCACUAGAUGGUAUUCCUUUUGUAAAGACAAAUUAAUUCAAGUCACUGGAUAGACCUUUUUAAAAUACAAUUUUCCCGUUGACGCAGCUGAUGUUAUGAUGUUGCCUUGGUAUAGAUUAUUGCUGCUUCCCGUAACAGUCCCACUAAUAGAGGCAGUGAAUCCUUGAGUCUCUUUUCAUCCACUCUCCCAUAUCGGGAAACAUUUGGUCUCUAUCACCCAUCAGCUUCCUGUGGGCUGGAGAGGCGCCCACAGCCCCUGCUGUAAUCUCUGAUAUUGUUGGGAUUUCCUGCAGCCCUCCAGUAUUCCUGGUUUUAGUCUUUUUCCUGAGUUGUCUUGGAUUUUUCCCAUGCUUUCAAUUUUGUCUUAAGGUAUCCCUCAAGUAUUGUGCACAAGGCUGGUUAGGUUUGUAGAGUUGCCUUGAAUGAGAUCAUAGAAUCAUAGAAUGGUUUGGGUUCCAACCCCCUGCCACGGGCAGGGAACCUUCCACUAGAUCAGGUUACUCAGAGCUCCACACAGCUUGGCCUCAAGAUCACUCAGAGAAAAAGCCUUUCAGGAUCUACCCAGUCACACCCUUCACCAAAAGAUGUUAUCAAUUCCCUUUUCCUAACCGUGGAGCAGAUUUGUAGGAUUAUGUGGCUGCUUAGAGCUAAGCACGAGCUCAUGUCCUUUGGGUGGGUCAUGGGGUCCUUCAUACCAUUCCCCCAGACCUCACCAAACGUGACUGCAAGUCCUAUAAAAAGUGACUGGGGAAAGCCAAAGUGAUGGGUCAGCCCAGGUUAAACUCUCCCCUGGAUGGAACACGGGCAGGCCAGGGAGGAAGAAAGGGGAAAAGCCUUCCUCAGAGCCAGGCCCCACCACCCCCUCUGGUGUGUGCCUGUCUCAGUGCCUCGCUGAGCAGUCUCGCUGUUGUCGCUGCUGCUGCUGCUGUGGGUGGAUCUGUCUGUCUGUCUCUCUGUCUCUCUGUGUAAAGAAAUA